GCUCUUAUUUUUUCUUCAGUUCUGAAGGAUCUGUCCUGUGGUACUACAUGGCUCGUACAAAGCAGACAGCGCGAAAAUCCACCGGUGGCAAGGCCCCGCGCAAGCAGUUGGCCACCAAAGCCGCUCGUAAGAGCGCGCCGGCCACCGGUGGCGUGAAGAAGCCGCACCGCUACCGCCCAGGCACCGUGGCACUGCGCGAGAUCCGGCGCUAUCAGAAGUCCACCGAGCUGCUCAUCCGCAAGCUACCUUUCCAGCGGUUGGUUCGCGAGAUUGCCCAGGACUUCAAGACCGACCUGCGUUUCCAGAGUUCGGCUGUCAUGGCGCUGCAGGAGGCUUCUGAGGCCUACCUGGUGGGUCUUUUUGAGGAUACCAACCUCAAAGUUUUAGAGAUGUCUGGACGCGGCAAAGGAGGGAAGGGUCUCGGGAAAGGUGGCGCUAAGCGCCACCGCAAGGUGCUGCGCGACAACAUUCAGGGCAUUACCAAGCCCGCCAUCCGCCGCCUGGCCCGCCGCGGCGGCGUCAAGCGCAUCUCCGGCCUCAUCUACGAGGAAACGCGUGGCGUGCUCAAAGUCUUCCUGGAGAAUGUGAUCCGAGACGCGGUCACCUACACGGAGCACGCCAAGCGCAAGACGGUCACCGCCAUGGACGUGGUCUACGCGCUAAAACGCCAGGGACGCACGCUCUACGGCUUUGGCGGCUAAGCUGCGCUUUUUGCAUUCCAAAAAAGGCCCUUUUCAGGGCCGCCCACUAUCUCACAAAAAAGAGUACUGACACAGUAGAAGAUGGGAGUGUGUCACCCUUUGUCAGAGCAAGU